CAGUCAUUUUAUCUCAACAUCUCUUUCGUGACCCCUCCCUGUCGCGUGGCUCGCCUGGCACAACUCUCUCUUCGCUAAAUUUCCGUGGAUUGUUUUUUUUUUCUUCUUCUUCUUCUUCCCACACGCGCACGCAAAAAGACACCAUGAGCAAAAUUCUGUUUGGGAUCUUUGCAGUGGCCACCUGCUUUUUGCUUGGUGGAAAACUGGCUGAAGCUCUGACCUGUAACAAGUGUACCAUUGGGCUCUUUGGAAGAUGCCUCAUCCCUGAUACUGUGAUGUGUAAUGCCACCCAGCCCAACUGCUUCACUGGAAAAGCAUCCUUUUCCGGUGUCCCAGGACUGCUGGGAUUCAACACUCAGGGCUGCCUGGAGAGCACUGGCUGCAACUCCACCACCAACGGCACCAUCUUGGGCGCGACGUACACAGUCACCCGCACCUGCUGCGCUACAGACAAGUGCAACCCGGUGGUCAGCGGGGCUGGUUCCGUCCAGAUGUCCCUGACCGCUGCCGCUACCGCCGCCCUGCUGGCCUGUGUGUGGAGCAGCUGGCAAUACUAAACACAGCAGGGCACAGCCAGACGGAGGUCACCCCUGCUCAAACAGCCUCUAAUCACGUCCGACUUGAUCUACUGUGAUGAUUUACAACCAAAUUACACACACGCACACACACACACACAGGAGAGAGAAAGAGACCGGUUUGACUCGUUUUCAGACCACACUGUCCACUCAAACCAGUUUGACACCAGUUUCAUCACUGGAAUGGACACCGGGACAUAUUUAAACCCACAAACCCUAGGUUUGUGGAGCGAGUCUACUUUGCUUCCUCUUUGCGGUUGAUUUUGGAUUUUGGUAAUCAUGCGGCCAGGUCCUCAUACAGGGUCUUACUCUCACGCCCACGCUCCUCUGUAGAAUUUGACAGCUCUGCUCAACUCUUUGUAGCACUCUUAGCCAAUGGGCAUGCAUAAACACUGUCCUGUUUAAAUUUCUGCUUUUUUUGCUGAGACUUGGAAGCUGAACAAUGUAGUGUUUAAUUGACAACACUGAAUUCUCGAAACCCUUCCAAGCUUGUCUUUAAAAAAAAAAAAUUGUUUCCUGUGAAUAUUUAUCUUUUAAUGACUCGGAUGUAUCUCUUGAAGCCUAAAUGUCAGGGUGAUUACAAGCCAAAUGUUAAAUAAAGACACCGUUUGAAACACA